AUGCCUCCGAACCCCUUCCUUCUGGCAGCGGACGAUCCCGCGGCGCUGUUGGCCCUCCUUCGUGACAGGCCGAGUCUGGCCUCCCAGCAGGACGACCAUGGCUACUCCCUCCUCCAUGCAGCAGCAAGCUAUAACCAACUCGAACUCCUGCGCGCCCUCGUCAACGAGUUCAAUGUACCUGUCGACCUGCGCGACGAGGACUCCGAGACCGCGUUGUUCGUCGUCGAGACAGUCGAUGCUGCCAGGCUGUUGGUUGAAGAGCUUGGUAUAAACACAGCCGCGACCGGCGACGAAGGAUUGACGGCGCUUCAAAAAAUUCAAGAGGACGGCGACUUUCCGGCAGUCGCUCAGUACCUUGCUGGCAAGGAGGCACCCGCGGAUAGCGGGCAAGGUGCCGUCAAUGGAGCCAGAGCCAACGGCGAUUUGCCACCGGUUCCCCAGGGCCUGUCGGUCAAUUUCGGAUCAGUCGAUGAGGGAGAAGCCACUGGUGCCUCGCCAGACCCCGAAUUUAGGAGGCGCAUUGAGGAACUAGCGGCCAGGGAGGAUUUUGACACGGAGUCAGGCCAGGCAGCGCUCCGACAGUUGGUGGAGGAGGCUGUCGCAGGGGAGGAGCUGGCCCAGGAGCGAAACGUGCGACCCAGGCAGGGCUGA